ACGUUAAUAGCUUCGCUCGGCCAGCCUAUCUAUUUUACUCCCGUUUUUUUUUUUUUUCCUGCUGACACAAGGCGGAGUGUCUCUGUCUGUGUUCAGAUGGAUUUAAAGAAAUGUUUAAACUUUUUAUUUGUCGUCCACGUCGCGAGCGGCAGCCCGAGCCCGUUWGUGGACGUUGUCGUGGAUCGGUACGACACCCCGAAACUUUGUCCCCGGGAAGUGCAAACAGAGGACUUCAUCCGUUAUCACUUCAAUGGGACCUUCUAUGAAGACGGGAAAAAGUUUGAUUCCAGCUAUGAUCGAGGCAAAGCCUUCAUCAGUCAGGUGGGCCUGGGCAGACUCAUCACAGGGAUGGACCGGGGUCUGCAGGGCAUGUGUGUCAACGAGCGCAGGAAGAUCACCAUCCCACCACACCUGGCUUAUGGGAGCAUUGGAACAGGUGGCGUGAUUCCCCCAGACGCCACCCUGGUGUAUGACGUCCUCCUGCUGGACAUCUGGAACACGGAGGACCAGAUCCAGAUCCGUACGAUCAGCAAGCCCGCGGUCUGCAGGCGCACCAGCGCAGCCUCGGAUUUUAUCCGCUACCACUACAACGGCACGCUGCUGUCCGGGGAAACCUUUGACUCCAGYUACUUAGGAAACUCAACCUACGACACGUACCUGGGGCAGGGAGACCUGAUCAAAGGACUGGACCAGGGUCUCCUGGACAUGUGUGUUGGGGAGAGACGGAUCAUUAUCGUCCCACCCUUUCUGGCAUAUGGAGAAAGCGGCCAUGGAACCACGGUGCCCCCUCAGGCCACGCUGGURUUCGAGGUGCACAUGGUGGACCUGUUCAAUCCCAACGACAACGUGACGUCAGAGCUGAAGGARGCCCCUGAAAGCUGCCCCCGAAGGACCGUGGCCGGAGACUACAUCCGCUACCACUACAACGGCACCUUCCACGAYGGCACGCCCUUCGACUCCAGCUACCAGCGGAACAGCACCUACAACACCUACAUCGGGAUGGGCUACGUGAUCCGGGGGAUGGACAAAGCCCUGCAGGGCCUCUGCAUGGGGGAGAAGAGGAGGAUCGUGAUCCCUCCUCACAUGGCGUACGGCGAGGAGGGAGCCGGAAAGUUGAUCCCCGGCUCCGCUGUGCUGGUUUUUGACGUCCACGUCAUCGAYUUCCACAACCCGGCAGAUCCCGUCCACAUCAGAAUCACCCACAAGCCUCAGGACUGCGGCGCCGCCAGCGAAGCCGAGGAUCUGAUCCAUUACCGUUACAACUGCUCCCUGAUGGACGGCACGCUCCUGUACUCCUCGGACCAGUUCGGCUCGCCCUCGGUCACAACUCUGGGAGCCGGUAAGGUGAUUCUGGGUCUGGAGGAAGGUCUGAAGGGCAUGUGUGUGGGCGAGAGGAGAGAGGUGGUGAUUCCUCCACACUGGGCUCACRGCGAAAACGGAGAAAUCCACAGUAAAAGACUCCAACAAUAUUUUAUUUAUAAACAGAUGACUAAAAAUUUACAUUUUAUGAAUAYAAAAUUUAUAUUUUGUCUCAGUUUACCUUUUUUAAUACAGAAAUGAUUGAACACCAGUAGUUUUGGUAUGACUAUCAAAGAAACAUGUAAUUCCAUCUUGUAAUAAGAAAUAAACAUUUAUAACAAA